CUACGAAAAACUCGUUUGUUUCGAUAGCAUCUGCCACCAUAGGUUGUCCAUGAGAGGAUAGAACUGUACCGAGCUCCUUGACGGUGCUUUCACGAUAAAUGUUUCUUGGAGGAUAUUUGGGCAGCUGCGCUGCGCAGCUUGCGACUUAUGCCGCAUGCACCGCCUGUCAGUGCGCGUCGCAUGAGGUGCUGCGGCACAGCGCAAGGGUCGCCUGGUCGGUGUUGUUCUUCCUUGCUAUGAUCGUAGCUUGGAUUCUACGUGACUUUGCGACUCCCAUCCUUCAGAAAAUUCCUUGGAUUGUCAAGGAUGUGACGGCAGUGGACAUGGACAAAUGGUUUGGACAGCAGGCAGUAUACCGUGUCAGCAUGGGCAACUUUCUCUUCUUCGCCUGCAUGUCGCUGGCCACGAUUGGUGUCAAGUUCAGGGGCGAUAAGCGCGAUCGCUAUCUGCACCACGCACACCCUCUGCUGAAGCUGGCGCUGUGGCUCCUCUUCACCGCACUGCCCUUCCUGUUUCCCAACGGGGUCUUGAACGCCUACAGCUGGAUGGCUCGUGUGGGUUCGGGCGUGUUCCUGGUCAUCCAGAUGAUCAUCUUGCUGGACUUCGUACAGGGUUGGAACGACAGCUGGGUGGCGAACGGGGAGGACGACGACCGCUGGCUGUACGGCCUCAUGGGCCUCACGUGCGUGGGGUACGGCAGCACACUGACGCUGGCAGGCUUCAUGUACUACUGGUUCAAACCGGCCGGUGCGGGUUCCUGCUCCCUAAACAUCGCCCUCAUCACCCUCACCCUGCUGCUGGUGGUGACAUUCAGUGUGCUGUCGCUGGCGCCGCUGGCGCGGGGGGGCUCCAUCUUCCCUUCCUCCAUGAUUGCACUGUACGCGGCCUACCUGUGCUUCUCCGCGCUGCAAUCCGAGCCCCGGGAGUACGCGUGCAAUGGACUGGGACACCGGCUCACAGCCGCGUCGGGCGGCACUCUGGCCCUCGGCAUGGUCGUAACCCUGGCAUCCGUGGUGUAUGCGGCCUUCCGCGCGGGCUCCAACACGGCGCUGUUCACGUUGGAAGGCUCCGAGGAGGGGGAGCCGCUGCCCUCCACCGCCGCCGCGACCUCCCUGACGCCCGUGACGUACAACUACUCCUUCUUCCACCUCAUCUUUGCGCUCGCCUCCAUGUACAUCGCCAUGCUCAUGACGGGCUGGGGUACCGUGGCACAGGUGCGUAAGGACCGCAUCGAUGUGGGUUGGGCGAGUGUCUGGGUGAAGCCCGCCGCGGAGUGGGUCACGGGGCUGCUGUACAUGUGGACCCUGGUGGCGCCGGCGCUGUUCCCGGAGAGGGACUUCUCUUGA